AUGAACCGCGGAAACGGAUUGCCGAAGCGGGAUCCAAAAACCACCCAGGCCUGGCUCAUAGGCAGUGGGAUUUCUUCUCUUGCCGGCGCAGUCCACCUCAUUCAUGACGCGGGUGUCCCUGCAGCAAAUAUCCACAUCCUGGAUGUUCACUCUCACGCGGGCGGUGGCAUCAAAAGCUGCGGCGACGCAAAGAGCGGCUACGUCUUGUACACUGGCAGUUUGCCUUACUUCCAUGAUCGCUGUGUAGAGCACCUUCUUUCCCUUGUCCCCAGCGUCGAUGAUCCCAAACAGUCACUUCUGGACAGCAUCAAAGAGCUUGACCGGGCAACUUCUCCCAAAAAGUCGGCGCCAACCCGUCUCAUUAAACAUGGGGAUAAAGGCCCAGAAUGCCUCUACUCCAAACAUCUCCAAAUUGGACCGAAGUAUCGAAUGGAACUGAUCAAGUUGAUGCUCGAAAAUGAACGUAUUCUCGGAGAAAAAGCCAUCCAGGAUGCUUUCGAUGAGGCAUUCUUCAAGACUAACUUUUGGACGUUGUGGGCGACUACCUUCGCUCUGCAACCAUGGCACAGCCUGGUGGAGUUCAGAAGAUGUCUCUGUAAACAUCUGGCCGAAAUUGAACGCCUGAACGACGUGAAGGCUCUGGAUCGAACCAAGUACACAAUUUACGAGUCGGUUAUCAUGCCAAUCGAAUCAUAUCUGAAAUCGCAGGGAGUCGACUUCCACUUCAAUGCAAAGGUUACAAAUCUGCAGAUCAACCCAAAGGAGGCCCAGACGACCGUGUCCGGGAUUAUUAUCAAAGAUAACGGCGAACAAAAGACCAUUGAAGUGAGGCCCGAAGACCUUGUCAUGGUGACCCUUGGAUCAACGACCUCUGCAACCGAGAGGGGCUCCAACGACAAGGCUCCGGCUGCUCCACCCCAGCACAGCAAAGAAUUCUUGGAUGAUGACUGGGCUCUGUGGAUCGACCUGAUGCAGGCCUCGACGGACUAUGGAAACCCGUUCAACUUCCACAACAAUGUCGACCAGUCGACCCUGGAGUCCUUCACAGUCACCCUCCGCGACAGCGACUUCAUGGAGCGCUACGAAAAGCUGACCAACAACAAACCUGGUACGGGGGCUUUGCUUUCCUUCUCCGACAGCAACUGGGGCCUCAGUAUCAGCGUUCCCCGUCAGCCCGUAUGCUCUGAUCAACCCUCCUCCGUCGAUGUAUUCUGGGGCUAUGGGUUGCAUCCCGAGAAGACCGGCAACUUCGUUCACAAGCCCAUGUGCCACUGCUCCGGCAAGGAGAUCUUGACCGAGGUGCUAUCCCAGCUAGGAAUGCCAGUGGAUGACAUGCUCGCUAAUUCGAUCACGAACCCUGUGCUGAUGCCCAUGGCCACGGCACCACUGAUGCCCCGUCGUCAUGACUAUCGACCCGAAGUCAUUCCUCCCCAGAGCAGGAAUCUGGCCUUGGUGGGACAGUAUGUGGAGAUUCAGGAUGAUACGACUCUGAGCAUGGAGUACAGCGUGCGCGGUGCCCAGAUGGCUGUGUUCUCGGCAAUGAAGCUUAACAAGCACCCGCCCAAGAUUGAACGGCACCUUUUGUUAUCUGUUUUUGAUUUGCUCGGAGGUGCUUAG